AUGGCGGGACGAGAUUUCGAUCUCUCUCAACUUACACAAGGUCAUUCUCAUAUAAUUUACUUCAUCUUCAUACUCGCUCUAGCCCUGCUACUCUACUCCUAUGUCCGCACGCAUGUCGAGAUUAUACGAUAUCCUUCUACUUUGCCUCUCAUUCGGGAACCACAUGGUAAACGACGAUUCAGCUUGAAAACCCGCCUUGCGUAUUAUUUGGACUGUCGGAGCUUAUACAGCGAGACUUAUGAAACUUAUUCGAAGAAGAAUAUUCCAUGCUUGUUACCCGGAAACGGUUUGUUCCGCGACGAGGUCGUUUUACCGCCAUCGUAUUUGCCUUGGAUUACUGCUCAGCCUGAUAAUGUCCUCAGCGCGGUAGAUGCCAUGCGAGAGCUCAAUCAAAUUGCUUGGACAGCAGGUCAUCGCAAGUACAACGAUGACGGUUGGACGGGGAAGCUGGUAGAGACCUUCCUGACCGGAGGCCGGUCCCUUGAAAGGUUGAUGCCUGGUUUGCACGACGAAUUAGGGUUGUCUUUAAGUGAAUUGUUUGGCACGGACACGGGUAAAUGGAAAGAGAUUGAAGUUUUAGAAAUCAUGAAAGAAGUGGUCGUCAGGGCAUCGGGGAGAUACAUUGUCGGGGUGCCAUUAUGUCGAGACAGAACAUACAUGCGUCACAACAUCUAUUUCGCUGAUCAAUUUGUUCUUGUUGCGGGAAUUAUAGGAGCUUUGCCAAAGCUCCUUCGCCCUAUUCUCGGUCCUAUCGCUGCGAUACCACUCCGCUAUCAUAUUUGGAAGAUAAAGAAAGUAUUCCGGCCAACGUUUAAGCACAGGGUGCGCACCGUGAAUCAAUACGCAGAUCAGAAAAAUAGCAACUGUUUGAAGACUCCAGAACCUGUAGACCAUCUCCAGACAAUGUUCCGAUGGGCACAAAAGAACAGACCAGAGGAGCUUAAUCUACACGACAUGACAAUCCGACUAGCACUGACUAGUUUUUCUGGGACACAUCAAACCAGCAUUGCCAUUACAAAUAUAAUUUUCAACAUUCUAGCUUCAGACACCGAGUAUGACACUAUACGAAUCCUACGUCGCGAGAUAACGGAAGUACUUGGUGAAUCUGCUUUCAAUCCAGGUUUGGAACCAGAGAGAUGGUCAGAGUUAUGGACAAAGGCAACUAUAUCCCGGAUGGUACGUCUUGACAGUGUUCUCCGUGAGACGAUGCGCAUUAGCACCUUUGGUCAUCGAAGCAUGAUGCGAAAAGUUAUGGUUGACCGUCUCGAGAUACCCGGGGGAAAUGACGAGAUAUGUGUACUACCAAAAGGAUCUAUGAUCUCAAUUCUCGCUCUACCUGUACACCGCGAUCCAGAAAUCUUUGAUGAGCCGCUGAAGUUCAAGCCAUUCCGCUUUUCACAGCAACGAGAAGCAGAGAAAUCUCAGGCAAACCGCCCUACUUCCUCGCCACAUGCGGGUUCCAACGGGCCACAGUUUCUACCCUUUGGAAAUGGACGUCAUGCAUGUCCGGGCAGGUUUUUGCUGGACUUUGAGUUGAAAAUGAUUGUGGCAAAUCUCUUGAUGAAAUACGAUAUUUCAUUUCCAAAUGAGUACCAUGGUCAACGGCCGGAGAACGUUUGGGUAGCGGAAGUACAGGUGCCCCCUAGCUGGGGAAAAAUACGGGUCAAGAGAAGGAUAGCCAAAUGA